UUUCGUCUGAAGAAAAAUCAUUGUUUCCAACAAAAAAAAAUCUAAUUACUUUGAAAUUAUUAUUAUUUUCUCGGUUUUUUGUCUACUAUCAUGGGUCUAACUCCAAACAACAAUAAACAAUUUGAUCAAGGUCAAUUGGAAGAAAUAUUUCAAAUUUUCGAUACAAAAGGUGAUUAUUGUAUUGAUAUUGAUCAAAUUGGUGAAGUAUUACGUGCAAUGGGACAAAAUCCAACCGAAUCCGAUAUAAAUCGUUGUUGUGAACCAUUACGUUCACAACAAAAAGAUCAACGUAUAACAUUCGAAAUUUUUAUGCCAAUUUAUCAACAAAUCGCUAAAAAUAAAGAUCGUUAUUCAUUUGAUGAUAUUGUUGAAGGUUUACGACAUUUUGAUACUGAUGGAUCCGGUACAAUUGGUUCGGCUGAUCUUCGUCAUCUACUAACGGCAUUAGGUGAAAAACUAACCGAAGAUGAAGUUGAACAAUUAAUCGAUUCAACAAUGAUCGAUGAUGAAGGACGAAUCAAUUAUGAAACAUUUGUUAAAGCUAUUAUGAAUGGUUAACUUGAAUUUGUUUCCUCUUAAAGUAUACCUGCUGCCAAUUUCUUUUUUUUAUCAUUCUUAUUUUUUACCACAAGUUUUUUUAUAAACCGAUCACAAUUGUUUUUCCAAUAAAAAAACAAAUCUAUUGUUAUUCAA